UUGAAGUUUAAUCAAAUUAAGCGACGUUUCAUGCGUGCCAACCUAGUGGCUCACGUUGGUAGCUUUGCAGUCGAUGACGUCAUUGUGAAGUUCUGAAAUUGAAAUCAAUAAGUGGUGUGCAAUGUUGUGUGCACAUGACAGUCGGAGCGAAAUGGUGAUUAUGUCAAAACAUUCUGUCAGAGCGUCUUGUUUUUCCUUGAUAGGAACGAAAGUGUGAAUGUUUAUAGAGAAGAUGGCGCGGAACACGAAGAAAAAGCUGGCGAUAUUCGCCGGAACGUCGAAGUGCUUGAUAUAUGCAGAAGCAAAAUAUUGUGCCACUGAAAUGCCUGGAGAAAUAAAAUACUACGAGUGUUCUAGAACAGAAUAUUGUUGUGGUAUUGGUUGUUGCGUAUCACCCGGACUGCAUUUCCAUCACUUAUGGUAUUACUGGGUACUGGUUGUAAUCAUGUUCCUGGUAUGUUCCGGUGGUGGUUGGUGGUAUCGAUAUUGGUUGCAAGGAAGGUAUAGAGCGGCUGCAUCGGCCAUACCUACCAGAACUUCCAACACUCGAGUACAAAAUUCUCUUCGGGGGCCGACUUGUCAGGUUCAAAGGGCUCGCAUUACUUACAAUUCAGCGAGAAAUACAGUGUUGCUGCAUCGUAUGUGGAAAGGUCCUCAAAGGAACGGAGCAGUACCAGCUUACAACGGUAACGCGACUACAUCAACGCAUUACCAGAACAUGAACGUCGUGUUGAACGACGCGAACUGUCCUUACUACCAAUUGUAUGGUCCACCUCCGAGCUACGAAACUGUGAUAGCCCAAACACGCGGUAAGAUAUCGAAUCCGGCCUCGCCGGAGUCGUCGGGCGCGCGAACCAACGCGCAAUCGCCGAGCGUUCUGCCAAACACGAGCGUGCCACAAUGUUUUUCGUACGCGUGUAAUCCUUCCACGAGACUGAACGGCGGUCUGGACCAAAACACGCAAUACCAGAAUGGAAACGCGAGCCCACGGCAGCUCGAUAAUCCGGACGCUGUUCCGUUCACGCCUUUCCCGUACUGCGUCGCGGAUGGACUGAACAGACAGAACGUGUGUGUUCCUUUCGACUACCAGGAACAACCUUUCGUUCCUGGUGACGGUUUUAGCCGUGUUUAUCAAGGCACUUCGACGAACUAUGUUCCGUAUCCGAUGGUGAACAUUGAUUGUACAGCGGGUAGUAGUAGAGACCAGAGCCUUUGGGAGACGAGCGAUCGAUCGAUCUCCAAGGUCUACGGUAAAGCGGAGAAGAAAGGCGCGAGCAAAAGGGUCGAGAAAAGUUGGGGAGAGCAACGGCGAAUCGCGAGGGAAACAGCGACAGGGGUUUCCUCGAUUCUCGAGACGGACGAAAGUCACAUGGACGAUUCGAAAUCUACCGUAAACUCGUCGGAAGAUUUCGAGUCCGAGUUCACGAAGGGCCGUCGAGUGUACGGGGGGUCUUUAAAGGCGACCGGUAAAUACGCCGGUAACGCGAAAGGCGAUGAAUACUCCGUCGAGAGGGCAUUCUCGAAAACUUUGCCUCAUUCUUGCGAGGGUCUUAUCAAUACAGAACCAGCGACAGCAAUCACAAGCGCGUCCCGUAACGCGAGUCCUUUAGAAGACAUGGCUAACGCUAGCGCAAGUUCUUUUCAAUCAAAUCCAUCCAGCAAUGUGAUAUUAGAGUCUUUCGUUUUCGACGGCGCGUCGUCCUCGACGGAGAACGUCGAGAACGCGGAGGAGCGUCGUUCCCGUCUCACGAAUGCCAGUACAAAUUCUGACCUUGAAAGUAACCAUAGAUUAGACAGAUCGAAAUCGUUGGACUGAGCGUCGGGC